AUGGGAGCAGCAACUGCCGCUAGGGUCGACAAUUUCAACUUCCAUGGUGGAAAACCCGAAACUACUAACAGUUUGAUAGCUGAAGUGAAGCAAUUCAAUCAAAUAUUCCAUGAAACUAAUGAAGCAAAGACGACAACGCCGAUUGAUCAAUUAAGUAACUCAAGCACACUCGAAGGCUUCCAACAUGAAGGCAAUGCAACACAUGUGAAUCCAGUUGUAUUUGACUGGCAACUGAUCGAUAAGCUGAGUGCCGGCAGGGACAUGCCUAUCCUGAAGAGAGUUAAGCGCCAUGACGCCGCGCUGGACGAGGACACGCCAUCCGCAUCACAAGCACAAUUCGCCGGGCAAAAAAUGAUGAAGGUAUCGGCAAUACAUCCGUUCAAAGAGAAAACACGGGACACGAUGCCGCUGUUGACACAACAUAGGCUACUUCCGGGCAUUGGGAAAAGAAACGUAGCUGCAGGGAAGCGGCUUUUGCAGAGAAAAGAGGAGCUAAAGGAUAGUGAAAUUUUAUCUAAUGAAGACGUGAGUGAGAUUGGUUAUAAAUUUUCGGAAGAUUUAAAAUCACCAGAGGCUAAUUUCUCGAGAGAUAACUUCAACACAAAAUUAAAUUGGAAAACUAAUCUUUCAGGAAACAUUGCCCGAAACGACAAUGGUUCGCAAAAAUUACACUUAAACUCACAGAAAGAGAAAACUACCAAUAAAAUGGACUUCGACCAUCCAUUUUUGGGCAUACCGAAAUUUAGGCGACAAACGACCAUGCAACUUGGAGCAGAAAGCGCAUCGCCUCGCAAAAAUGAGUUGACGGUAGUUAAGAGUGAGAUGGUUAAUAAGAAUCAAGAUGAAUUAAAAUCCCCAUCAUCAAUAAUGAUGAUUAACGAGAAAGAGAUUGAACGAUUCCAGAUUUUCAGUAAUAAGAUUUUUCAUCGGCCGCCGAGGAUGGUGGUAGCGCCAGACAACUUGGGGAACACCUUGACACACUCCAGCCCUCCCAAGGAUACUGAAGGAUACAUCCAUCUCAGGAUAUUCGUGAGCAAGGACGGGGUUGUCGUUCACAUAAAUGGUGAGAAGAUGUACGAGAGUUGGCGCGAGUUCAUGCCAUGGGGUACGCGCAUGACGCGGCUGCACGCUGGAGCUCACGUGCUGGCGCUGGACGCAGCCACGGGACGACUACUGAAGACCGUGAAGCUGAUGACGUGGCAGCGAGCCAGCGCUAAAGAACUCGUCAGGGAACUCAAGAUGAUAAAUCCAGGCAGAAUUAUUAUCAUCGUCGGUGCUCCUGAGUUCGUACAUUACUUAUCAGUGGAGGCGAUAAAAGAGUUGACUCUACACUGGGGAUCACUGAUCAUUGAUCGCCUGGUGGAGUACGAUAGCUACGUGCUCGUGACAAGAUCAGGAGGAUCGGUGAUCUCAGAAGGGGCGAGGAUCAAGUAUCUGAACCUGAGUACUCAGGCGGGAGGCAACUCAACCAGAUGGGACGGACCACCAAUGAUCUUCGAUCUCGCCAUCCCAUCUUCGAAACAUGGCAGGUGUAGCGGUCGUGACGCGCUACAGGGUGAACAUAGAAUUUUUUGUGAACUAUACGAAGGGCACGGCGAGUUCUGCACCUGCAACGCCUCCUCCACACUUCUCCUCCAGCAGCUACAACCUCUUCAGAUGCAGGAAAAGAUCAUCUCAAGGCCAGCAAUUGCCGUGGCUCUAAUCGGCGGUGGCCGACUGUCGAGAACUCUAGAUCAGUUGCGCAUAAUUCGUGCAAGUCCCGGUGGCCACUCCGUGCCUGUAGUCAUGUUCACAGACUCACCGAACACAGAGGCUGAAAACUUCGCUCGGUUAAUAAACAUUACCGUCAACGUCUACCCCAACAUGCCAUUCAAAAAAGGCAGCGCGGCACGGGUGAACGCGAUGGUUCAGCGCGCGGCAUGGCAAGUUUUCGUUGAGGUGCCGACGGUGAGAUUCGCCAUCCUCUUGGAGGACGACCUGCAGCUGGCACCGGACUUCAUGUCGUAUUUCGAGCAGACAACACAGCUGCUGGAGGACAGGUCGGAGCUUCUGUUCUGCGUUAGCGCCUACAACUACAACGCGUACCCCACCACCGCCAGAGACCUCACCAGGCUCGUGCGCCAUCAGGGACCACCCGCCUACGGCUGGAUGAUCACGGCCGCUGUCGCUACAGAGAUCCGUGAAAUUGAUCACUGGCCUCUUGAGUUCAAUCCGAGUGACUGGGACUACUACCUGAAGGCGGCGGUGCUGGGGUCACGGCACAUCCUUGCUCCCGAGGUGCCCCGUACCCGACACGUGGGGGGAGGUGGCGUGCACGUCUCGGGCAUCGAGCAAGAACGUUACUACGACGCGCGGGCCUUCAAUUCUAACGUUACUAACGUCACACUCGACCUUGCCAGCGCUCGCCGCCUCAGUUAUUAUGUGGCGCAUCGCACGCGGAUAAAAAAGUCGGCAAAAAUUGACCUCACUAAAAUCCAUCCAUGCGACCCAGUCCUCUUCAGCAGCCACCCUGAUGUCAAAGCUUUCACAUUUUUCUUGGACAUGCCUACGGAGUCAGACGAAUACAAGACUCUGGCCACAGUCAUGAAGUGUUUAGGCGCUUCAGACAGAGGGGAAUCUGAACAUUUACUGCGCAUGUAUCACUACAUUUACCGAGGGAUCUACAUCUACAUGGUGGCAUGCCCUCAGUCUUUCUACUGUAAGUACAACACGGGAAACAUGACGCUGUAUCGGCCCACCGAAUCUGACGUGGUAAAGGCAGACUCAUCGUAUCUGCAACGUCAUCCCGUCACAGAUACCACGUCUUACAGACUGCUUACCAACAACUUUGCUGACGACGUUGCACUCGACAACGUCUUUGCCAGCACCCAGACACAGGGGUGACGUGUGGGUCACGUAUGACUCAUUUGUGUGAGGAACACAUGCAUAUGUCAGGGCAUAACUCGAAAGCAUAUUGACAUUGAUAAAUAGAAGUAAAAUAUUACAAUCGGACUCGAAAUGGAAAAACACAGCACAAAUGGAAAGCACAGCCCGAACUUUAGAAAUGAUUACAAAAAAAAAAAACAGAAUAAUUAAUAGCCUGCUUUAGUCUAUUUACAAUCUAAAGAAUCGAUUAUAAUAAUUACGAAAAAGUAUAACUCCAUAUGAAAUAAUCAAAACUAAAUUCUUAUUAACAAUCAUACCUGCCGGGGCUGGCGAGAACGAUGAUAGUCCAGAUGUUCGAUGACAGCCUUGCAUUCGUUCGAUCGGUGUAACCAUUCACGUUUGAUACGAUGAUCUGAGAAUCUCAUGCACGCGUUAGGUGUGCAAUAACAGCAGCUGUAUUUGCGCGCAAAGCUAUACGAGGUGACAACACAGUCCUCUUUUUCCUUGUGUUCCUUCUUGUGUUGUUUGCGAAGUAUCUUGAAAGAUGAUUUUCUGUGUUUGUUCUUCGUAUUGGAAGUCGUGAAGCCUCGUCGAAGAGAUGCCCGAGUUUCAUGCUUGGCCAAGGGUGAGAACACCCGAGUUUCAGAUAGCGCUUUCAUGACGCAAGGUUCCGGAAACGCUGUCGUGCUUCCUUUUAACUCCAACGGUCGCUUAUCUAAUAUUUUUGGCCUGGCAGUGGCUGUCAAAAAACGAGAGCAACUUCUGAGAGCCAGCGGGCCACGAGAACUUGUAGAAAUGGAAGAAAAAUUUAACUCAUCCUCCUUCCUGCUUUUUGACGAAGCAGACGCAUCGCCGAGCUCCUCUGGAAUAAUCUCGGAAUCGACCACAGCUCGUCGAUCACGACGAUUCUUUCUGCCUCGAUAAAAACCGCACCCUUUCGGUUUCGUUCUUUUAGAUAAACUAGGAGCGUCAUUCUCAGUAGCGCUAGUUUCGCGUUUGAAUCCAGCGGCGGAAUCUAUGUUGACGUUUUCUUGAAAUUUAGGAGCGGAUUCUGGAUUGCCAAUAUUUUCGGGCUCGUAAGGAAUACAUGUGGUUUCAGGAUAGCCGUUAUUUGCACAUGCUUCAACCGUAGAAACUUCGCUAACUGUGGAAACUAUUGCCACUUGCCAAUCGUCUCCCUCCCAAUAGAUUUCCUCUUUCUCGUUAUCAGAAGAAAAAGCGUUAUUUUCAGUAGUGAAGCUAAUUGUUUGUGGCACACAUAAUAAGUGAUCAUAAUUCUCGCACGAAAAGCCACACACGUCAUAUUCUUUUUCCACAGCCUCGAGUAAGUCGACAGCGCUCUGCAGCAUCGCGCUUGCAGUACUGUUUUGUGAGCCGUCGCUGCUCAUUUCCAGGGAGCAAAAUUCUGUAAUUUCAUCGACAUCUUUUUGAGGCUCGUCAAAAGGGACAUUUCGUUGGCGUAAUUGCAUCGGCGAAUGUGAAUUUUCAAAUCGGCCAUCAGUAGAAUGCAUAACACAAUUCGAAGAGCUUGGUUUAAUUCCUUCUUCCGGUAACAUCAGUUUAUCAAUGGAGAUGGAAUUUUUGAGAUCGUUCAAGUCAAUAUUUUUCAAACGCGUUCGUUUCCAAACAGAAAAGCGAAAAAAAUGAUCCAUGAACCUUCGCCUUUUUUGCUGGGACUUUAAGUGCAGUUGAGUGUCAUUUUUUGAAGCUUGAGAGCCAAUAGUGCGGUUUUUGUCCCCUUCAGUGAAUCCAUCGUCAGAUUUAAUGUCGUCAUCAUUAUAUGUGCGAGAGAAUUCAGGGAAAGCACUCGCACCUUUAAUUUCUUUGGUGAGAUUUCCUGUAUUUUUUUCCAACUCAAGCGCAGCAGGACCCUUAUGAAAUUUACUGCACCGGUCAGUGUGCCUCAAUACCCUUGAGGAAUCGUCAAUAUGGAGAUCAGAGUAAAUAUUCUCUGUAGCAUCUUGACUGGGGCUUUCAAACAAAUUUAGUUGAUGUACACAAGUACUAGGAGAUUCUUCAUGUGCGAAAUCAAUGUUUUCAAUUUUAGGAAAGCAAAAGGUAUCGACACGUUUAUAAUCCUGAAGAUCUUUCACGAGCUGAGCGCGUUUUACUUCCCCUGCUUUUUUGAGCCGGGAAGGCUUGGGAGGUGGGUCUGGUGGAGUUAGUUUCGGUGCUUUCGAUGAGUGGAGAAAAGAUUUCGGUGGAGCGGGCAGGCGCAAACGGGAAUAAACAGGCUGGUGUAGUGUCAGGCCUUCAUUAGCAUCUUUCUCAAGCCCACAAUUUGGCAGAAUAUCAACAAGUAAAUUACGCCGUUCGGUCACAGCAGUCUGAGAAUUGUGGGGUUCAAGCGAAUGGACUUCAGCGUAAGUCGUGUCCUGGAAAUUUUGUUCUCUGGUUAGCGGCAUAACACUCGUUAUUGGACUUGAAAGAGACGAGGAGAAAGUGCAGCAGUCAUAUGGAUCCAAAGUGUUGAAAUUAACAUUGCUAGCUGUAGAUACCAGAAAAGUGGUAAACACUUUAUAGGAGUUUGGUGUCACUUGAAUGGUAGAGAAAUAUUUAGUCUCAGGGUGUUCUAUUUGUACGUCUGUUUGAGUAGAACACACGUGAGAGUUACUUUUAAAAUACAAAGGCUCUU